GAGACACACAGCUCUCACACCUCCCCCUCCUCCCCCAUCCUCAUCCCCUCUAUAAAAAGUCUGCUCUGUGCCGAAGUUGUUCAGUCUCGUCAAGAACUCCACCAGACCACCAUCAUGAAAUUUGUGGCUCUCGCUCUGGCCCUUCUGCUGGCCGUCGGCUCUCAUGCCGCUUCCCUGCAGGCUGAUGCUCCCUCCCAGCUGGCCCACGUCCGGGCCGCUAUGGACGUCUACCUGACCCAGGUGAAGGAAAGUGCCCAAAGAGCCCUGGCCCAGCUCGAUGACACCGAGUACAAGGACCUGAAGAACGCUCUGACUCAGCGCCUGGAUGAAAUGCACAACAACAUCAAGACUCUGCAGGCUCAGGUUUCCCCUGUCACCGACCACGUCGUCACCACCAUCGCUGACGCCACCGCUGACCUCCGCACCUCCAUCCUGAACGACAUCGAGGCCCUGAAAACCGAGAUCGAGCCCAUGCGCACUAAUCUGAGGGAUGUCGUCAAUAAGCACAUUGAGGAGUACCGCGCCCAGAUGGACCCCAUCAUCAACGAGUACUACGCCAAGCACACAGCCGAGAUGGACGCCCUGAGGACCAAGCUGGAGCCUCUUGUGGAGGAGAUGCGCGUCAAGGUGGCCACCAACGUGGAGGAGACCAAGACCGCCCUGAUGCCCAUUGUGGAGACUGUGCGUGCCAAGGUCCACGAGCGUCUGGAGGCUCUGAAGGCGAUGGCAAGCCCCUACGUUGAAGAAUACAAGGAGCAGCUGAAGCAGGCCUAUGGCCAGGCACAGAACAUCGACACCAAGGACAUCGUCGCUCUGAGGGAGAGGAUCGCACCCUUGGCCAUGGACAUCAAGCUUAAGCUCCAAGAUAUCUUCGAGGUCAUCGCAGCCACCGUCACCAAGAACUAAACCCUUCUCCGGCCUGUUCCCGUGACUAACCUCACCCACCUGUCCGUCCUCGAUCCAUUCCACCUCUCUUUCUGUCCAUUCCUUCUUUCCCUCGCACGCACGCACAGAUGAAGCCAAUGCCUGAUUGAUGCACUUCUCUGCAACAAAAUGGCGGGACUCUCUCUCUUUCUGUCUUAUCUCUUUAUCUCCCAAGCAGACACCUGACUUCAUGCGCAGAUGCUCAAGCACACAUUCAAGCAAAAAGACACACAGACACAUGCUUUACCCUUCACAUGCCAGCUGCUUACAUUUUGUUGUAGGGAUUGUAUGUGAGCUAUCACAAGUGCCUGAACCUCUGUGUAACGAUGCUUGUUUGAUGAAAACUGUGCUUUUGAUGAAAAUACAGCUCAAUAAACAUCUGACUGUUUAUACUA